CCUGGAAUCAGGUCAAAUCACUGUAAUCUAGUACUCCUACAUUUAAAUCGACGCAGGCAGCACUUCUAGAGUUGUACUACUACAUAUGAACGAAGUCCGUGCCCAACUGCUACAAUCUAGCACACGAAAAAGCAAGCAAGCAAGAUUAACAAUAUGUCCGUCAAGCUUCUCCGGACGCCUACCGCCGGGCAACACCACCAGCCCCUGCUGCAGCUCGUUCCCGGCCUCCUGCUUGUGCUGCUCUCGUGCUCGGCGUCGGCGUCGACGGUGGUCACCCACCUGCCAGGAUUCGAUGGCCCUCUCCCCUUCUACCUCGAAACCGGAUACGUGGGCGUGGAGGAGGAGACCGGGACGGAGCUCUUCUACUACUUCGCCGAGUCGGAGCGGAGCCCCGGCACCGACCCCGUCAUCCUGUGGCUCACCGGCGGGGCUCGCUGCUCGGGCUUCACCGGCUUCGCCUUCGAAGUUGGUCCAGUAAAGUAUGUGCUGGCGCCCUACACCGGCGGUUUGCCGCAGCUGGUACAUAACCCGCUCUCAUGGACCAAGAUGGCGAGCAUCAUUUUCCUGGAUUCGCCGGCCUGCUCGGGCUUCUCAUAUGCUCGUGACCCCAAAGGCUGCGAUGUCGGAGAUUACUCCUCCUCUCUGCAAGUUCAAAGAUUUCUGAAUAAGUGGUUCACAGAUCACCCACAGUACCUUUCAAAUCCUUUCUAUCUUGGAGGAGAGUCGUACGCUGGAAAGGUGAUUCCACUUAUGGCACAAUACAUUUCACAAGGAACUGAAAAAAGGGACCAGCCUCUCAUUAAUCUCAAGGGCUACCUGAUCGGUAAUCCUGUAGCAGACCCAAAGUUUGAUACAAAUUUCCGAGUUGAAGGGGCUCAUGGCUUUGGGAUAGUAUCUGACCAAAUAUAUGAGGCUGCAAUGAAAAACUGCAAGGGGAAUUAUGUGAUCCCACAGAAUCAACUGUGUGCUAAGGUGCUAGAAACUGUAGACAGUCUCAUCUCUGAAAUCGCAGAUGGACACGUCUUGUACAAAAAAUGUGACUUCACCACGCCAAAGCCCAUAGACGAUGCUACAAGAAGAAAAUUUCUGCUAGAAGAAUCAAUCGAGCCAAAUGACGCGCCCGGCCGACCUACCGUCGAUUGUUUUACAUACGGUUACUACCUGGCAUACUUCUGGAUGAACAACAAGAUGACUAGAGAUGCUCUCGGUAUCAAAUGGGGAACAGUUGGCGAGUGGGUGAGAUGCAAUAAAGAAUUCCCCUACACACAUGACAUGCCAAGCAGCAUACUGUACCAUCUUAAUCUCACCACGAGAGGUUACCGUGCACUCGUGUACAGCGGAGACCAUGAUCUCCUGGUGCCUCAGCUCAGCACGCAGGCAUGGAUAAGAUCCUUGAAUUUCUCCAUCAUCGAUGACUGGAGGGCAUGGCAUCUCGACGGCCAAGCUGCAGGAUUUACCGUCGCAUAUGCGAACAAUUUGACAUUUGCAACAGUAAAGGGUGGUGGUCAUACCGCUCCAGAGUACCAACCUGAAGAAAGCUUUGCCAUGGCUCGAAGGUGGCUUGACAAUGAGCCACUCUGAUGCUUUUACCCCACAUUUUUUCUCUCUUAACACAAAUUCUUGUAUAUUUAAUUUGCAUCUCUCCACCUCUAAUGAUGCACUCAAUAGUACUUGUCCACAAAAACGUCUUACAUUUUGAGCCGGAGGUAGUACAUCAAACGCUAUUCUUUUUCUCUUCACUGCAAGAAUGUUCUUGUGUGGGGAAUAGAUACAAUUCCCUUAAGAUCACUUACUUCUA